AUGUCUGACUACGGCGGCGACGACGACGGUGGACUCGACAACGUCCAGGACGAGGUCUACGAGGACUUUGACGAACCCGAAGAGCCCGGCGCGUACUACGAUGACGAAGAGGAUGUCGCUGGCGGCCAGGAGGACCCGGAUCAGCACAGGCGCGAAGGGGAGAACGUUGUUGUUGCUGGGGAUGUUAGCGCCGCCGCGGCAGCAAAAAUCAACUCGGUCCAAGAGCAAAGCAAGAAGAAGGUCCCGGAUGACCAGCGCACCACGACUCCCUAUAUGACAAAGUACGAGAGGGCCAGAGUGCUGGGUACACGGGCUUUGCAGAUCAGCAUGAACGCGCCUGUCCUUGUCGACUUGGAGGGCGAGACAGACCCGUUGCAGAUCGCGCUCAAGGAACUUCGGGAAAAGAAGAUUCCUCUCGUCGUGCGGAGGUACCUCCCUGAUGGAUUCUACGAGGAUUGGACGUGCGAGGAGCUCCUAUAG